AUGCUUCUUCCAGUGUUUCUUCCUCUCUUUGCUCUCCUGCUGUCUUCGCUCGCCAAUGCAACCGAGCAACCGCAGAAAACUCUGAAACCGACGAAGACGCAGGAACCCAAUCCAACCAUCACGGCCAGUGUGAAGUCAAUCUUCAGUUCCUUGAGCGGCGACGAGGGCACGACAUUUGAUCCCAAGUUGGCGACUGGUUGUUGUGGUCCCACCUGCGCCUUAGGAUUAUGCAAUGGCAUCUAUCCGUUCGACACAACACCUCCUGCUGAUGCUGCUCGCACAGCAACAGCUUCGCCUGCCAGUGUCACGGAAACUUGCUGUUCCGCUGGCUGUCCCGAUGGCUUCUGUCGAGGCUUCGAGCGCUGGAAGCAUUGGUGGCCCAUAGCCUGCGUUGGCCGGCACUGCGCUGUGCCCACUGGGCAAAGAUGGGCACAUUGGCCACCCGCUAGACCACACCCUGGACAAUUCUGUGUUGGCCGUAACUGUGGACCAGGCAGUUCGCAGAGCGACUCGAUCAUAACCAGUAUCUUUAGGGAGGCCGAUUUGGGCGCCAUCCACGACGUCAAACCUACCGGCACCCCUUCACCAAAUGCCAACGUUGCGGAAUCGGACUUGACUGAUUUCACGGAGCAGUUCCAUGCUGCGGAGCUCGCCGGUCAGGAUCAAGAUACUCUUCCUAUCAUCGUGGAAAACAACGCCAAAGAGCCCGUCACGCUCCUUGCAGACAUCGACCUGGCGCUGAUCGAGAACUACAUCUCAUCCGGCAUGCUCUCGGCUUUGGGCAUCCCGUCCGCCUCGUCCGCAAUCAGUCCGAUAGCUAAGAAAGACCAACGACCCGCUGCUUUAGGUACCCCAGCUUUCAAAGUCACCCCAGCCGCCAAAAUCACGCUGAGCCUGCUCGCCGGACCCCAGGGGGCUCUCAAGCAGUUCCCCGAUAUCGAGUUCAACGUCUUCGACAUGCCCCCGGUCUCCGAACGGGGUGGUGUCCCCUGGGAGCCGGAGGUCUUUCUGGGCCUGGAUUUCCUGCGCGAGGCGUCGGCGUUGAGACUGGUGGAUGAGUUUGCCGGACAUGCGGCGCUUGACGGCCUGCCCGUGCUGGUGAGAGACAUCAAGGGUGUGUUUGCCGUCGCGGGGGUGGACGGUGACAGCAAAGAGGCAUCCGAAGCGGGCAAAAAAGACGAAUUGUGA